GAACGCUUCCCGUCUUUCCCGUAUGUAAGCGUGACUUUUCCCCACCACUCCACCUGCAGCAGAGGGACUCACUGAGCAACUGUAGUUAUCAAAAUGUUGAUUUUAACGAACAGGAUAAAACUAUGUUCUCUGGCGUUCACCGCUGCGCGCAUGUACAGCAGCGGCCCCGCGACUGCGAACAACAACCCGAUAGUUUACUUUGACAUUGCUGCAGACAACCAGCCUCUCGGCAGGGUAACCUUUGAGCUCAACGCCGAGGUUGUACCAAAGACUGCAGAGAACUUCAGAGCGCUGUGCACCGGUGAAAAUGGCUUUGGUUAUAAGGGAUCAAUUUUCCACAGGGUGAUCCCUCAGUUCAUGUGUCAGGGUGGAGACUUCACUAACCACAAUGGAACUGGAGGGAAGUCGAUCUACGGGUGGAAGUUUCCAGAUGAGAACUUCAAACUGAAGCACACUGGACCUGGUAUUUUGUCUAUGGCCAACGCUGGAGCCAACACCAACGGAUCCCAGUUCUUCAUCUGCACUGCUAAAACAGAAUGGCUGGAUGGCAGACAUGUUGUUUUUGGCAGCGUGAAAGAAGGAAUGGACAUCAUCAAGAAAGUCGAGACUUUCGGUUCACAGUCCGGGCGAACCACCAAGAGGAUCACCGUCACAGACUGCGGAGAGCUCAAGUAGGCUCCAUGCAAGCGGAGGACCCGGUCGCAGUCUCAUCUCCCACUGCUGUGAUUUAAACGUGAGAGUCUCGGUGAAAGAGGCUCUUUCUUCAGCCAUGGUGCAGAGUGCUACCUCUCUUUACUCACAGUUGAUCUUAUCAGAGUAACAAUCAGUUUUUCUUUUGGUACUAGCAUCCUGUGUCAGUCUCUCUUCAGGUGAAAACUAAUGCACUUAACCGUGUCAUGCUAUGAAAUGUGAACUUGUACUGUAGGAUAGAAGAUUAUAGGGUUUGUAGUAUUUGAAAAGAAAGCUAUGAUUCAUUCAUAUACACUGAAACUGGUUUGGGAAAGGUGCAUUUCUUUUGAAGAAAUAAAGUCAUUUUUCUAAAUAUG